AUGGCUGAAUGGUGUGCAGAGAAUCUACGAAAUGUUGAGGGUUGGCGCAGCUCUGGACUUCCUCUCUCAACACCAUCAAAUGAAUGUGCCAAGCUCUAUGACGCAGCUUUGCGCCAAUUCGUCUCUUGGGCAGAUUGCAAACAAUUGGGUGGACUCGAAAAAACUAUGGAAGCAAUGACUGCUGCCGAUGAUAAAGCGGUACUCCCUCGCGCAUUUGUUCUUGGCUUCGAAGCCAUAGGCACGGUUGUGGGAGCCAGAACUGAUGAAAAAAUGCGAAAUGCCCUGGAGGAGCUACAAAUUGAUGCUGCAAAGUAUGGAAACGAUAGAGAAAUCCUGCAUGCCAAAGCUGUCCAACAAUUUGCGCAAGGAAAGCAUGCAGCUGCAGCCAACACUUGGGAGUUAAUCCUCGAAGAUUAUCCAACUGAUUUACUAGCGAUCAAACUAGCUCAUGAUACAUAUUUUUAUCUGGGAGAGGCUAAGAGAAUUCGUGACUCGAUCAAUGCAGUUUUACCAAAACAUAAAGGCACAGAGCCAUGCUACAGCUAUCUCCAUGGAAUGCUAGCUUUUGGUCUAGAGGAAUGCGAACAAUAUGAUGAAGCUGAAAAAGAGGCUUUGAAGGGCCUUGAAGCAAACAGAUACGACUGCUGGUCAACCCAUGCACGAGCUCAUGUUUUUGAGAUGCAAGGGCGGUUCACCGAAGGCAUCGAAUUUCUAGAAAGCACCGUUGAGGACUGGAAGCAAGGCUGGAUGUUGGCUUCACAUAAUUACUGGCAUAACGCUUUGUAUUAUAUAGAAAGGGAUGCAGACUAUGAAGUUCCCCUCACUAUAUUUGACAAUGAGAUAUGUCCAAGAGCUGUCAAAAGUGGUGCUAUGCUUGACCUGGUAGAUGCGGUAUCGAUACUUUGGAGAUUGGAGCUUGAAGGGGCAAAUGUAGGCGAUAGAUGGCGUGACCUUCCAAGUUUGAAGGAAUAUACUGAUAGCCAUGUGCUCUUUUUCAACGAUAUUCACAUGAGUAUAGCACUUCAGCGAGGAGGUUUCAAUGAUGAGGAAGCAAAAAUGAGGGAAAGUCUAACGGAAUUUGCCAACUCAGCAAGUGAUGACUACACGCAAGCAAAAAUUUGCCGCGAUGUGGGAUUAUCCAUCUAUGAUGGAUUGUCGCAUUAUAUCAAAGGAGAUUACGGUAGCUGUGCAAAAAAUAUGGUACCUAUUCGGGAUAGAAUUCAUACCAUAGGUGGAAGUAAUGCUCAGACUAUCGACCGAGUCGCUAAUCACACUGAUGAGCUCAUCACUGACAUACGGGUCACACUCAAUGGAACAACGAUUGUAGUCACUCAACUCGGUGAUGCCGUGACAGUAUUGCUUGAUCAAAUGUAUAAGCUCAUAUUUUAUACUCUGAUCAUUCUAAUUCCGGUUAUUUGUAUAGCAAUAAUUUUGUGUUCAUUUGCUUGUCUUAUACGGAGCGUUCGAAAGCAAGUACGGUAUAUACCGCACUAUCGUGAGAUUCCCUUAACUAGAGAGCCUUUUGAUCCUUCGAAACGUUUCGAGAGCAUCGAGAAUGACAAUUAG